UUGUGCAGAAUUUGACGAAUGAGCUUCAGGAUGCUGAGCACGUGCAAUUCGCGCAGACAGCGUCCUGUAGUUUGCUGAACAGGAAAGUCUCUUACGGUUGGCAGAAAUCCCAGGUCAAAAAACGGUCGUCAACUUUGAACGGAUUUGACGUAGAUGAAGUAUUGCCUGUUGAGGGAGAGAAUCGCUUAAUCGGCCACAGUUAGCUUUGUGUUGGUUGAAUUUGCUGAGGAUGAGGAACGGCGACGGUUGCCUGAGAGUAAAGUAUGGCGGUUGCGGACUGACGGUGAACAAGAGGUGGUCUUCAGCUCACUAAGAGAAGGAAGCAGCGUCCUGGCUUACUGGAGUCCGAACAGAGAGUACUUCGAGGCGACAGUUGUGGAAAGAAACGACUCAUCACACAGUAAGAUCUAGAAGCCCGUCGUGUCAUGGUGUGGAGUUUGGUUUUGGUGAUGGCUUGUAUUAGCGCGGAUUAAUUACCUUUACAUUAUAUACUGAGAUGUCCAAAUGAGGCUCCAUUUAUAGUGCAUCGAUCAGCUAGGGCUUGCUGGAUCAUCUUCUGACAAGUUUAUUUGUAACUGUUUUUUGUGCAGGACACCACAAGCUUCCAGCCAAACGGCAAAUAGACGUACACCUAGAUCGAUCUGUAGGACAUUCAGAUAUGCAUGGUAUAUAAUUGCAAACUGAAGUUGAUCAGCGUAACUGCUAUCUAGGAAGGUGAAGUCAUGCAAGCAAGUAACAAACGCAAAAAGAAGUCUGAUGUCAUGAUCAAGGCCACAGCUCAGGAAGAUAGAAACAGGAUUUUCUGAAACCUGCUGCUGAGCAAAGAAAACGGAAGGUGGACUCAACUAUUGAAAAGCCUUUUGAUUUUUAUAAGGCAAGAGUGUGCCGGAGUAAAGAUUCAUCAGGACCAUCAUCGAGCAUGACACAUUCUGAAGAUGAUGAUAAUCUGGAAGUGACUGCAGCAUCAGCUGAUCUUGGCACGAGAGAGGUAUCCAAAGACCUCAUUCAAACAUUGCACAAAGACAUGGUCGGUGUCAUGGGACGACUGGACAAGAUCAUCAGUCUUUUGGAUUCUGCAGAAAGAGACAAACCCAAGCAAGAGAAACAAGAAGUAGAUACCUGUGACACUCCAGAAAGAGAAGUUUGUAUUGGUGAUCCAAGCCUUAAUGUGAGUGCCAGCAAGUUGGCUGUUACCAGAGCCACCAUGAAGGCUGGUAGGAGGUCUUUGUUGGUCCUCAAUCUUGUUGAUAUCUUGUUCGAUCAGGAUUGCCUAAGACGUUCAACUGUGUGUGGGUGUAGAGACUCCUCAAAAGAGGCACUAGACCCUAGAAAGAUGGAAGCCAUAAGAAGCCACUGUUUUCAAAAGAUCCAAUACGUGAGGGAGAAACAGAAAAGGAGGCAUGGCAGAAAAUGACGAAGGUCGUCACAGAUAAGUGUCUGCUAGUGGCCAAAAGCUGUAAAGCAAAUUAGAAUAUUUGCAGAUCUUGAUUAUGGAGUUAUUGUAACUUUGAAUAAAGCAUCAUUGCAAGGCUUGUUCUA